AAAAGCAAAAGAUGCCGCACAGUCAAAAGGAAAACGAAAAAGAAAGUACCGGAGGUGUUUCUUAUUUGUGUUGCUGUCAUCUUAGCAGAAACUACAGGAUGGCACAGUGGGGUGCCGUAUUCUCAAUAAUUGCUGCUCUUGGAGGGGCAGCGCUGUUGGCCUCCGUGCACAAGAUUGAUGAGGGGCACACUGGAGUUUACUACAGGGGAGGGGCUCUCCUGACCACCACCAGCGGUCCUGGUUUCCAUCUUAUGCUUCCUUUCAUCACCACAUACAAGUCUGUGCAGACGACGCUGCAGACAGAUGAAGUGAAGAACGUACCAUGUGGCACAAGUGGAGGAGUGAUGAUUUACUUUGAUCGCAUAGAAGUGGUGAACUACCUCAUUCCAUCGGCGGUGUAUGACAUAGUGAGGAACUUCACUGCAGACUAUGACAAAGCCUUGAUAUUCAACAAAGUUCACCACGAACUCAACCAGUUCUGCAGCGUUCACUCUCUGCAGGAGGUCUACAUCGGCCUGUUUGACCAAAUAGAUGAAAAUCUGAAGUUGACGCUACAAGAGGAUCUAACAAACAUGGCGCCUGGACUUAUCAUUCAGGCGGUCCGUGUCACAAAGCCCAACAUCCCAGAGAGCAUUCGCCGGAACUACGAGCUUAUGGAGAGCGAGAAGACCAAGCUGCUGAUCUCCCAGCAGACACAGAAGGUUGUGGAGAAGGAGGCAGAGACGGAGAGGAUUAAAGCGGUGAUAGAGGCUGAGAAAGUGGCUCAAGUUGCAGAAAUCAAGUUUGGACAGAAAGUCAUGGAGAAGGAAACGGAAAAAAAAAUCUCUGAGAUUGAAGACGGUGCUUUCCUGGCCCGGCAGAAAGCCAAGGCCGAUGCAGAGUUCUACACGGCUCAGCGAGCGGCUGAGGCCAAUAAGGUCAAGCUAACACCAGAGUACCUGCAGCUGAUGAAAUACAAAGCCAUCGCAGCCAACAGCAAAAUCUACUUUGGGAACGACAUACCGCAGAUGUUUGUGGACUCUGGCUCAGCAGGGAGCUCCAUCAAGGCCUCGGCAGCCAUGGACAUUGUUGCCGAGCACAUCAUGGACCUGGAUUAGGCAGAAAAGUAGUGGCACCUGCUGGAAUGCUCAAUCAGCUGAAGGAGAUGCUUCCCUCCAAGGGAAGCUCUGCCUACUGCGGGUCUGUACUUCUCAACACAUCUGAAUUACUGCUAGGAAUCCCUGUUCUCCAGCCUCAGAACAGACAACAUGAGCAUUCGCUUUGUCCUGAUGGCCACUGAAGUCCUCUAGACACAGUGUGAUUAAAUCCGUUAUUGUCAUUUAGCAAAAUAAGAAUUUAAAAACUUGUCCUUGCUGCUGCUGCUGCUCAGUUUUUUUUUUGUUUUUUUUAUGGUCUGUGCAUCGAGCCUACGUAGCCAAAGCAUCAAGGAUCCUAAAUCCAUCAAUACUUUGUUUGUACCAUCCAUUCCACUAAGGUAAUGGCUGUAUUCCUCAAGCAUGCCCACAGCCAACAAUGUCAAAGGUUGUUCUUUUUAAAGGGCACCUUUAAACACUGCCCGUCUCCAUGGGGAAGUCAGCUGAUUGGUCUCAUUCAUGUCACGGUAGAUAAACAUGCUUUAAUUAGUUUUUGAUACGGUCAUUAUUUAAAAAGCAAAAUAACCAUCACAAAGCAGGUUGAGCGUUUGGGUGAAUGUUUUGCAGAAACCAUGCUGUUACUCAGUUACGUGUUUCACAUUUCCACACAGACUGUAAUCAAGAGUGUUUUUUUCUCUGCUCUCUGCCUGAAAGACGGACCAAAUGUGUCUCUGAGGAUGAAUGUACUGAGGUAGCUGUUCACUGUCACAUCUGACAACAUCACUGGAUUGCUGCAGUUUGUUUUUCCAACUUCUUUUGAAUGCUGGAUUUGUGCACCUGUGUGAUGUUGUUAUAUAUUUUCUGUAUAUGUGUUUCUCACAUUGAAUAACUGAUUAAGAGAC